GUAGAUUUACAAGAAACCGCGCUACCAUAUACAUACAUCUUAACACUUUUUUUUUACUUAUAAAAAAAUAGUUUUGUGAGAUCGUGAAUAUUUCAGUGUAUUUAUAAUUUCAACAAUAUACUUGGAUUAUUUUGUUGUAUUCAAAUCACUUAUGAACUGAAGGAUAUAGUCGAGUUUGGUUUAAUGAGGUGACUGACGGUGUGCUUAAAAAACGAAUUGUGCAUGUUUUCUACAAAUUGUCUCAUGUGGUCUUCUGUUAAAGGAAAUUAUGAUGGUAUCAAAGAGAUGUGCGGUGAAGAUAUAAAAAGACACCAAGGGGAUUUGAAAAUCCUGGAGCAACCACGACUUGGUUCAUUAUGCGACAGCGGCCUUUCGGGCAUCGGCGGUUCAAUCAGCAACGGUUCAAACGAUGGUGAUAAGCCGUCGAAACAAAAACGACACAGAACUAGAUUCACUCCGGCACAACUCAACGAAUUGGAACGUUGCUUUUCAAAAACACAUUAUCCGGAUAUAUUUAUGAGAGAAGAAAUAGCUAUGAGAAUUGGACUUACUGAAUCCAGGGUACAGGUUUGGUUUCAAAACCGACGGGCGAAAUGGAAAAAGAGGAAGAAGACUACAAACGUUUUCCGAACUCCAGGUGCCCUCUUACCUUCUCAUGGACUUCCUCCUUUCGGUGCAAUGGGUGAUGGUUUGUGUGGUUCAAGUAUGUUUAGUACGUCGGAGUCGAGAUGGGGUGUUGCUGGUAUGGCAACAGGAUUGGGACAGUUGAGCCAAAGUUCAAUGAGUGGAUUCGGUCAAUCACUGGGCCAAUUAAACCAAAGUUCCGGCCUGAGUCCGGCAUUACCUAUAAGUAGUUCUAGUACAGUGUAUCAAGCACAUUAUGGUCUCAAUUCGCUAGGUGACAGUAUGAUGACAUACUGCAACAGCGGCGGCGGCGGAAGCGGUAGCGGUGGCACGGGUGGCUCCCCGACUCCCCAAAUUCCAUGUUCAAACGCCGCCACUCCGCCAGUAGCUGCUGGCGCCUCCCCGAAUGGUGGGGGUGGCGGUGGUGGUGAGGAGGACGACGUCUGGCGCGGUCAUAGCAUCGCGGCGCUCAGGCGUCGAGCGUCCGAACUUAAUGCCACCAUUCCGUCUUACCUACAAAUCAACUACGACGCGCAUAAUAACGCAUCUGUAUACUAGUGUUGUCUCGUUUUUUUUAUAUAUAUAUAUAGUCUUUUUCUUACUUACAUAUUUCAAGUGUACAUGGAAUGUUUUUUUAUUUUCAAUGAGAAAGUUGUUUGUGCAAUAUAAAGUUGUUAUAUUGGUUAGUCAUCUAAGUGUUGAAAGUCUUUUUGAAAAGAUCUUUCACUUUAAAUUAUCAUUAUUUAAAUAAUAAAAGCGUUUGCAUCGCGUUGGCGACAGAAACACCAUUAUUAAGAAUAAGUUGCGAAAUUCAAUAGUGCAAUUUUUGGUAAUUAGAAAUAUUAUACAUAUACAAGGUGGAUCUUUGCAAAUCUGUUAUGUUUUAGGACAAUCAUUCAUUGUUAGUUUGAUUAUUUCAUUAACAUAGUUUCUUUAAUCGCAUUAUUUGUUAUUAGUAAUCAGUUAUCAUAAAACCGAUUUUUUCUGUGAUUUGUGGAUUUGAAAUUAAACAUCAGGUCCUGAAGAUAUAACAAGGAGACCAUAAAUUCAAUCUAACCGGUUGGAGGUUGGAAUAAAUUACGUUAGGGUAUGAAAAAAGUUAUAUCUCUUUGAAUUUACCCAUUUGAUUCUUUUAAAUAUUGCUUAAAAUUUUUAAAUUAAAAAAAAAAUUAUUAAAUUACAGAGCUGAAGUUUUCCUAGAUAGACUCCGUCAUACUUUUAUCACUUCUCAGGAAGCUUUCGGAUGCUUUUUCGUAAAAAUAUCUCGCGCAAAAAAAUCUACCUCCGCAUUGCUUUCGAAUCGUAGUCCACCGAAUGCCUCUUUCGGUAGACCAAAUAAAUAGUCGCAUGGCGGUAAAUCGGGACUAUAAGGAGAGUACUACAAUGUUUCCUAAACCUAUUCGUUCCACGUUUGCUUCGUAAGCAUUACUUGUAUACGGUAUGGCGUUUUUUUGCAGCAAUAUCGCACUACGGAUUCGAUUACUGCGUCGUUUUGGUUUAUAGACAGGUUUCACCGUGUUUUUUUGGAUUUACUAUAACACUGCUCGUUCACAGUUCGUUGUUUAGUACCUUUCCUGCCUAUAGUGUUACCUUAGCUUUAUCUGGCGCGCCUUCGUCUUUCUCUCACUACGUAGACUCGAGUUUUCCUCUUCCUCUUCAUACUGCGGUAGGAGACGCACGCAAACUUCCCAGCGUGUGAAUUUCUGCUCAAAAUUCAAAAUUUUCAGCACGCAUCUGGCUGAAAUUUUGCGGUAACCAAGUUGUUACUAGCUACUGUACUACCUACGCUUACGCCCAAUUCUUCAGCCAUAUCGCAUAAAGUACUGCAUCUGUCUCCCAAAAUUAAUUUUUCUACAUUACUAACGUUUGCUUGAUGUCGAUAUUGUUUGACAAAAAAAACGAAUAAUGACGUAAAAGACUAGUUUAGAAUCCAGUGCAUCCACUUUUUCAACACCACGCGCGUUUCUUCAAAAAUUCCGGUUUAUAUCCGAAGUACCCUCAUAAUUCUGUUUACUAGUACAACUAUACCAAAAAGCUGUCUUGCAAACCUGUAAAGUUUUGAUUAUCGAAACAAUGCAAUUUUAAAUGUUUGUUUAGCAAACAUCCUGUGAAUAUGAAUAUGAAUAUCCACAACGAUUCCAGUUCCAGUUAGAAUUUAGUUGAGAAAAUGAUAUUUUAUUGUAAUGCUGAGUGUGGAAAAUAUCAGAAUAUACCAAACAGAUAUAGCGAAAUCAAUAAUAUCUCAUAACAAAGAAGAAGAAGCUGAAAUAAAUAGAAGAAUAGGAAGAAAGUACAAAAGAUGAGAUGAAGAUGAUUGAAUAUUCCAAAAUUAGAGUUUUCAGAACUUCAAUCCUAUCUACGGUGACAUAUGGAUGAAAAACAUAUUAACAAAAGAGAGAAUACAAAAAUUUCUGACACCAAGGAUACUGAGAUCUGCAAAAAGAUCGUUGAAUAAUAGUAAUUAGAAAAAAGUAUAGUAACACCAAUGAAAGUAGUUGUUAGGUGUUUUAAGAGAAUUGGAAACAAAUUGAGGCAGCAAACAACUUGAAAAAAAAGGUAGUGAGAACAAAAUAAGAACAAUGAGAAGAAAAAAAACGAGAAACUUUGAAUCCUACGCUACUUUAUGUGAAUAUAUUGCAUUGCAGUAGAAACUUUUUUAAAUAGAAGAUAGGUAUUCAAUUCUGGUGCAGAUCUUAACUCUAUUGAUUUUUGCAUUCGAGGAAUAGAAUCCUCGAGGCUAUAGAAUUAUUUAUUGAUAACACUAAUAACAGAUAACAAUAAGAUUUUGUUUUUAAAAUUGUACCGUAUUCAAUUGUAUGUAUUCAAGGAAAUGAAAACCAUGUCGAAAUUUAAUCAAUUUGAUCUAUGUAUUUUCGAACGGGCUGUAAGUUCUGUUUUUUGGAAUUUGAAUAUUCGCUGACUAACUGGAUUACAAACCAAUAUAACAUAAAAAUGUAGUUUUUCAUUUGGUUACGGAAAUAAUUUUACGCGCCUCAUAAAUUUUAAAAAUAAUUGAAAAUUUUAUACUUUCGCGUUCCCCUCGAUUUUAAGCGCUAGAAAAUCGAAAAAUCAUCCGAUUUCGAUGAAUUGUUUUUUAAAAUCUUCGUUUUUAAGAAGGAUUUAUGAAAAAAAUUAUGGGAAUAAAAAAAAAUGGAAAUUUAUAUUGAUUUCAGGGCUUUAAAUGUUCAUGAAAAUGCACUCAUUCACGUGUAAUUGUUGAUAACUUUUUUCCAAAUAAUCAAAUGAAGUUUUUAUGGUUUUCUUUAUAAUCUGCACAAAAAAACGAACAAAUUGAAAAAAAAAUUAUACGAAAAUGUUGAUUUAUCAUGUUUUUACAAUUAAAAAUAAUAAUUUGUCUUAAAAUUAACCUUUUCUCACAUACAAUCGUUUGUAUUUUUUAUUAAGGAAAGUUAUAUGAACAAAAACAUUCUUAAAAUCAAGUAUUGUAAUGAAGUGUACAAUAUUAAAAGUUAACUUGGAAAAAUUGAAAAUUUUCACUAUUCAAAAAAUGGUAUCUUACUAAGGUUGACUGUUAGACAUAAAAAAUGAAUAAGCAAACAUUUUUCAAAAUGUUCGUUUUUGUGUAUAGAUUAACAAAAAAAUAUUUGAACUUCGUUUGAUGCUUUGUAAAAAAGUUAUCAACGAUUAUAUGCGAAGAAGUGCGUUUAUAAUCACAUUUGGACAAGUCAUAAAACUAUAUGACAUCUCCAGGUGAAAUAUUUCCCAUAUUUUUUUCAUAAAUCUGCCGUAAAAAUAAAGAUUUAAAAAAAAUUAUCGAAAUCGGAUUAUUUUUCGAUUUUCGUAAGUAUAAAAUUAUCAAAUAUUUCUAUUAAGUGCAAUAGUUUUAAGUUAAUAAAUUGAGUUACUUCUUGGCAAACUGAGAUAAUUUGAAAACCGUCAUAAAACCGGAUUCUCCAGUCAUUUAUACAAAUUUUUAUUUUUCUGUAAAUUAACACUAAUUUGAACAUUCGUGCUUCGUUCACACCUCAAUCUCAACCUCAACAUUUUCUGAAUAUAAAUUCAACUUUUUAUAUUAAAUAAAGUCGUAAUGAUACAGAUUUAACUGACUGACGUUUUUAGAAAUCAUGUACGUUAUGCAGUUGAGUAAUUAUCAAAAAAUUCCGAGAGAAAUGCACGUCCAUCAAUUAUGAAAUCCAUUUUGAACAUGCUCUAAUAAGAGAUAAAAUCAAUAGAUUGGUUGGUAAACAAAUAUUUUAACUACAUGAAAAUUGAAAUGAAACAAAUAUUAACAACCCUGCAAAUCAACAACCAUACGAGCACAAUCAGUCUUUCAAAUAAAAUUUACAAUUUUUUGUUCCAAUUAGAAGAAUCAGAACGUUGUAUAAUAAACCUAGUUAAUGUCAGCUGCGGCUGAGUGGGCGGGAUGAGAUGAGAAAAAAAAAGAAAUUUAGUCAAUUCCUCCCAACUAAAAAUUUGUUAAACUGUAACUAUCCCAAUAUCUCGAGGAAACAAAAUAAUCAGCUGACUGUACUAUAGUCAGUUGGCGCAUCGAACAAUUUAAAUCGAAAAAACAAUUUAAAUUUUCAGUGACUUUCUCUCAAAUAAAAAUUGUAUAUACAAUAAGUCAGAUGGACAUAUCUCGUUGGAAAAACCGUCAGCUGAUACUUUAGAAGUUAUUACGUAGAAAUAUCUAUUGCUGACUAGGUUUAACUCGACUCACUGCUAGCUGAUUUUUUUUAUAUAUCACAGCAGUAUAUUAUCGAUCAGCUUACCGAGCCCGCAGAUGAUGUUCACUAGGCUUUAUAACAUAACUCUCUGAUGCAUAUCACCAAUUAUCUUUCGAAAGAAAUAAUUAACCAAAAUUUCACCUGGCUCCCGGACUACUAGUGCUGCUACAAAAAAAGUAGGUACGUGCCAAAGGUCAGCGACUGUCUUCUGCUUAGCCCGCAGCUUACUAUUUCGAAAGCCAUAUCUGUCUCUAGAUAAAUCAGUGUAGCCGUAUUGGGCUGUUUUUUUUGUUUUGCUCUAAAAAUAAAACUUGGAAAAACUUGAACUAAAACUCUCAAUUUAUUGAAAGUCUAUGGUAAUGAAUGCUUGUCGCCUCUAUACGUUUUUGAGUGGUUCAAGUAUUUUCAAGAUAGCCGAGAAGAUAUUCAAGAUUAUUGAUGUUCGGGUCGCACUUCAACGUCAAAAACGGAUGGAAAUAUAGAAAAAGUCGGCAUCGGCGAUUCUUAAAUCUAUAGGGAUUAAGAAUUUGUGCGGCAACUGUUACAUGAAUAUAUCAACAUACCAAAAGUGUGUGCAAUACCUAGAAUAAUCACAUUCGAAGAUAAGAAGCUCGCAAAUACAACAUCCUAAUUUAAGGACAAAUCUGCAUUAAAAGGAACAAUAUUUGAGUCUGUUAGAGCUAUGCGCGCUUCCUGAAGGAACUGACUUCCUGCAUUGUUUUGAACAAAGGAAGAUUCGCAUGGAGCGAAUUAAAUCUCAUAUAUAAUCAGACCAGAUAUUUAAUAUCCACAUCUCGUAAGUUCCUGAGAUUUAAAUUUAUCCCUUGAAGCUUUUUGAAUUUUUCUUGUUUUAUUAUAUUUUUGUUUUUAGUUUUCUCCGAUGUUUCUGAGUGAAUUCGAAAUAUGCCGACAUAAUUUCAAUGCACUUACUCCAUUUCCAUAUGAAAAUGGAUAUUUUUUGCAUAAAUACAUACUUUUAAGGUAUGAUAUCUUUUAGAUUCAUUACUUAGUUUAUAUCACAUGCCUAGGAUUUAUUUUAUUUAGAUUUUUCUGAGCAUGAAUAAACUUUUUCACAAUAAACAAUAAUAACAAAAAAUUGAACUUGUCUGUCAAUUUUUGAGGCUCGUUUCUUAUCCUACAACAUAAUCAUGUAUGAAUUGAAUAAAAUAUUAUCACUAGAAAAUGUGCUGUUUCGCUAAAUUUUAUAAGUAGUUCAUUAAAAUAAUUCGAUUUUGUGAAAAAAUACGGCACCAAAUGAAAAAUCAACCCAUAAAGUGUUACUUGUUGUUAUUUAUUAAUUUAAUACUCAAAAUAUAUUUAUUUCUCGUGACUUGUGACAUCUUUGUGUAUACGAUGUAAAAUAUUAACUGUACAAAUUUAUAGUUAUUAUUAUAGAUUAGAUCUGUUUAGUAUCUUCAAUUAAAUAUGUGUGAUGUACUUGAAAAUUUCUCUUGGAAUUAUCUAGAUAUAAUGACAAAUGGAUCUGUGCUUAGGUAUUGCAAAAUUAACUAAAACCGAAUAAAAUUCGUGAAAUAAAGUUAAUAAUAUAUCCCAAGAGACUAAUAAUAUAAUAGAAAGUUAAUAUGAUUUUCAGUGAUUUCCGAGGAAAUUGCUGGAAUAAAAAGAUGUUUUCAGGAUACUUUCCAAGAUGAUUUUGAUACAAUACAAAUUAUUUCAACUCAGUAUACUUGAAAAUAUAUUUAUUUCAAUUUUCCGUUCUACGUGUAGAAAUUUAUCUUUUAGUUUAAGCUGAACAUUAUUCUUUACUUUUAGUCAUAGACAGUCUUUCAGUCUCAUAUACGGGGUGUUCCACGACGAGUUAAAGCUAUCUGUAUAUGGUAAAAUACUUAUAGUAAAAUCAUGAAAAUUUCUACGUUUGUGUUUUCGGAUACGAUCUUUUUAACUGAAAUAUUUUCAAAGAUGGCUAAUUUCCGGUUCUACCGGUUUCCGAGAUAUUUGAGAUUUUUAAUUAUUAUUGUAUGUUUUAACAAGUUUUAAUUUUUUUGUAUACUUUUAGUAGGCUUUGUAAUAAAUGACACUUAUUCAACUGUCAUUAGUCAAUUGUUGAUACUUUCGAAAAUCGAAGAUCAGUAAAUACAAUUUGGUUUGAUUUUUCUUACAGACCUUAACAAGAUAAAGAAAAAUACUUAUUUCUUAGUGUUUGUAUCAACGGUUAUAUUAAAAAAAAUAAUUUGAUAUUUAUAAAGUUAAACUUUGAACACUUUGUGUAGACACCCUGUAUAAAAUGAAAAAUUUUUUAACAUAGAUUCAAAUACGUCUGAUCUUGCUUAAAGCAACCAAACAGAAACCAUUUUCAUAUCUUUAAGGGUAUCUUCGUAAAAAAAUAAUUUAUCAGGGUCUGCAACGGUUAAAUUUUUUACAAAAAAAUUAAUAACUCAAAAAGUAUGCAUUUUACGAAAAAAGUGUUUCAACAAAAGUAUACUAAAAUUUCACGUAGAUUUUAAAAAUGUAUUAAUAUACAGGGUGAUCUCUUUAAAAUAACAAAGUUACAGUUAGUUAAAAAGAUCGUAUCCGAAAACCCAAACUGAUUUUACUAUAAGAAAUUUGCCAAAUACAGAUGUCGUGGGACACCCGUAAAGGAUAAAACGAACUUUUUUUUUUAGAACACGUGUCUCUUAUAUUAUUCGUUGUCUUCUUUGUUAUCGAGUCCAUAAGUUACACGUUGAUCUCUUUUACAUAAAUCAAGUUUAUUCAAAUCUAGAGGCCAAAGUAUUUCUAGAAGUAUGCUUGCUUAGUGUUUAAGGUGUGGGGCAUUAGACUUUUUCUGACAACCAGUUUUAUCUUGCCUAUAUUGAGUUGGAAUAAUAUAGUGUUAUCGGACUACCCUGUACGUGACAAUUCUUAGCACAGAUAAUAAGGGAUUUUUUAUGUGUAUAUUAAAACCGACUGUAUACGGCAAUUUAUUUCAACAACUAGGAUAGAAGUUACAGAUUUUUUAAACAUAAAGUAUAACGAAGAGUCAAGUACUUUCGAAUUUCGUUUAGUCAACAAAAAAAAAUGAACUUUGAAUUGUUUAUAGGUUGUAAAAAUAAUUAAAAAAAUGCUUUCGA